UGUUGCAAUCGGAAAACGUUCAAUCGUUACGCGGUUUUCAAGCAAUACAGUCGUGUGAGCGGCAUACACAAGUCGCAGGUGUACUAUAUACCACCUACAUAUUAAAUAAAAGCUUUUUUUAUGCUAAUCAAAAAUUAGCAAAGUAUUUUCAAAAUAUAUUCAGACUAUUUUUAAAAUAAAAAAAUUCACAGUUAUACGAAAUAAACAUACAAGCUAUUGAACUCGUCGAAGCUGCAGAAAAAAAAUUAGCAAAGCAAGAAAUAUAAAUAUUUUUACUAGUAAAUUUCUUAAAUGCGUGCCUUGCCGUAUGCCUUGCAUGCAAAUAAAUAUAAAGUUAAAAUAAAUAUAUAAAGAACGCAAAAGGCCAAAAUAAAUACGAAUUUUUCGCUUUUUUGAGACGUGCAAGAAGACAAUAAAAAACUGGUCUGUCUGUUGUGCGCGCAACUACAUAAGUUAAAUACAUACAAACGUCUACUUAAAAUCCAGUUUGUAUGUCCGUGUACAAUAUAUGUAAACACACCGCACAUACAUAUGAGUGUUGAAAGACGGUAGAAUUCACGCAAAUUGCACGUGAACAAACGGCGAGCAACCAAGUUAAGAAAAACAAAGCUAAAAGUGUCACAAAUCGUUUCAUAAAACUGUAAAAUAAAAAAAUCGAAACAAAAAACAUUAUUCCAAAGUGAAAGGCUGGCUGCUGCAACAUUAACUGCCACUGCAACGCAUAGUAGGCGAAUACAGUCAUCAAAAUGUGGUGCAUUGUCAACCUGCCGAACGGCACACAAUUAGCGGUCAAAUGGGAUACGAAGGCAAUCGGCCAGGAGUGCCUCGAAAAGGUCUGCAAGGCACUCGACAUUGUCUGUGAAAUGGAAUAUUUCGGCCUCGAAUACUGGACACCUGGACAGGAGGAGUCGCGCACACGCCAAUGGAUCAAUCUGCGCAAUCGCCUGUCGUGCGACAACAGCAGCAGCAGCAUACACUUAAUGCUCGCGCUGCGUGUCAAGUUCUGGGUACCCGUACAUUGUUUGCUCCAAGAGAGCGUACGCAAUAUUUUCUACAUGCAAGCGCGUUCCGAUCUAUUGGAGCAGCGCCUGCAUGCACGUGACUGGAAUAAUGCGGCCAAAUUGGCAGCGCUGCUGUGUCAAGCUGAUGGCUUACGCUUCAAUCCGCUCGCGCUGAAGGCCAAAUGUCCCACGCAAAUGCGUCGCCGUAGCGCUGGUGAUGUUCAACACCAACAAUGCCAACACAAAGAGCGCAAAGACAAAGAACAUGUGUUGUCGUUUAAGAAGCGACGCCUCUCCAAACAAAAGUCCACCGAAAACAUACAUAAUUCACAUCUGGCCGCCGCUGUCUCCGAUGAGGCUCUAACGACAUUGAGUGCGAGCAUGAAAUGUGCCAACGCAUUGUCACAAAUGGCAACACAGGCGUGCGAUAGUGACUCGGGUGUAGACAAAGCCGCCGCGAUAUCAUCAUCACCGCUUUAUGUUUAUCAAAAUUAUAUAGUAUAUCCAGCGUCGGUCGAUGGUGUUGACGCCGAUAUGCCGGAAGAUUACUACAAUCGCAUUGCUGUGGAGCAUGGCAAGUUGGCGACACUUAAAAUGACAACGAAGUCGGCAAAGUAUUGGCUGUUGAAGCAAAUUCAGGAUCUCGAAGGUUACGGCGAGGAGCUGUUCAGCGGCGUGACGGCACACGAGAAUUCGGUGCGUUGCGAUGUGUCGGUUGGUACAAAUGCGAUCACGACCUGCGUGGGAGACGAAAAGAAUGUCAUCCCGUUCAGCGCAAUCGCCUCUGCGAAAUCAUUCCGACGCACUUUCAAAUUGGAAUACGUCGGCGAUUGCAAUGAUCGUCGUGAGCUCGAAAUCAAAUUGCCAAAACACUCGAUGGCCGCUGGCGUCUACCGUUCCAUAACGGAGCGACACGCCUUCUAUGUCUGUGAUAAAGUACGCGGUGUGGUAACCAAUCAAUUUACGCGCGAUCUCAAGGGUACAAUCGCUUCGAUGUUCAAAGAAGACACGGAGCUGGGCAAACGAUAUGUCUUCGAUAUUCAACGCACCUGUCGCGAAGUGCACGAUCAGGCGCGUCGUAUACUACACGAAAAGGGCAUUGAAGCCUUGAAUAGCACAACAAGUGGCAAUGAAGAUCUCUUUGAAAAUAUGCUUAGCGGCGCCACCAAAACACUGAGCGCGAGUACACUGCAACCGGCUGAUGAAGCGGCUACGCAGCUGCAUAUCGAUGACAUCAGCGCUGUCACCGAUAAAUUGGACAUGGCGUUGCGCGAGAAAGAGAAACGCGAUGCGGCAAUAGCACGUUGCGUGGAGACGCGUAUCUCCGAAGCGAUGACCUGUAAAAUUUGCAUGGAUCGCGAAAUCAAUACAAUGUUCAAUCCCUGCUCACAUGUGACCACCUGUGCGGAAUGUGCGGCGAGAUGUAUACACUGCCCCAGUUGUCGUGUAAAAGUGACGAGCACUACGCGCAUAUACCUGCCCCCCGAACUGCGUGUGAGCGUCGCCACGCCAAUCGCCACCACCAGCUGUGUCGCUGCACAUUAGUGGAAAUAUUUCCGUUACAUUUCUCUUGAUCGAAUCGCGUUCGUAAAAUGGACUUUGUUUGCAGUAUAAAAAUAGAAAGGAAAAAACUCGAAACUGUGCUAAACGCGUCAAUGACGGGGUUUUAAGCUUAGACUGUAUUCUCUAAAUAUAAAUUUAUUGAGUGUCGUCAUGCCAAACCAUAAAUAUUUAUAAGUGAACCUAAAGUAAUUAUUUAACUGUUAUUAUUAUUUUUUUUUUGUUUUUGUAGUACAUACAUACAUAUAUGCAAUUGUUACUAAUUUCACUGUUAAGUUAAAAAUAGUUUUACACAUUGUACUGUAAGUAAUUAAGACUUCGAAUUAUUUUAAGUUAGUUUGUUGCCAAUGCAUUCAUAUUUUAUUAAAAAAAAAGUAUUCUUAAACAAAUUUGUGUUAACUAAAUGUGUGCUUAAAAGCCGUACAUUAAAAAAAGUAUUGAAACCCUUAAACGACAAGAU